UGUUUACAUUUGCAAUGAUGAAUCUGGAGCGGAUCAACUCUUACUGAAGUAUUUUAAACUUGUAAAGUUAUUUAGUAGUUCUAUCCAUUAUUUAAAAUUCACCGGUUUAUUCUUUUUAUGAAAACAAAUUGAAGAUCUAGUCAGCUUUUUCGUGUAAAUAUCAUCUUCCAUACGUACUGAAUUAUCCUUAAAUCAUCAACAUGGACGUCGGGAAGAUUUUCUUCUCAACACUCAGACAAUCCAGAAUCUCGUCUUAUGGGUCACGGUUACGUGGAUCGCUUGGGGUGAACUUUGUGAAGAAUUGUGCCGCUCAGCAUUCAAGGGCAGAAGAAGCCGUCGUCGGUCGAGAGAAGAUUCAACUGUCCAGGCCUUCCGUGGUGAAGUGGAAGAGACCCCCUUUCAUGAAAUGUCUCUUCGUGAAUAAGUACGACGUGGAGUUGUGUGCCUUCCCGGAGAUAUUGACGAAGGAGCAACUGGCAGAAGUAGAAGACUCAGUUAAGAGUAUCAACUUGUUGUAUGCUGAAAAAGUGAAUUCUCACGAAAUAGAUGAAACCCAAACCAUACCCGAUAGCAUACUUCAAGAUCUGAGAGAGUUGGGCCUCUUUGGAAGAAUGAUUCCCACUAAAUACGGUGGUCUGGACUUGACUCACACGGCCUGCACUCGGAUCAAUGAAGUCCUGGGUUUGGACUGGUCUCUCUACGCAUCCAUCACUGCUCAUGAAUUUAUGGCAACUCAGAUGUUGCUCUUGUAUGGAUCUGAAGAACAGAAGCAAAAGUACCUCCCACUCCUGGCUUCCGGAAAGAAGAUCGCCGCUUUCUGCUGUUCGGAAUUCAAGAGUGGAAACGACCUGCUGUCCAUAUCCACGACCGCAGACAAUGUCCCCGAGGGAUUCCGCCUCAGUGGGACCAAGUCCUGGGUGACCAACGCAGAGAACGCCGACCUCUUCAUCGUCUUCGCCAAGAUGCAGGGGCACAUGGAUCCCAAAUCUCGAGAAAUUUCGGUGCUGGUCGUAGAGAGAGACUCGGAAGGGAUCGAAGUGGUGCCCCUGGAGAAAACCUGCCUGCGAGGCUGUAAAACUGGUGUGGUCACUUUCAAAGAAGUCUUGGUUCCUUCUGGGAAUAUCAUUGGUACUUUAGGCAGAGGUUAUGAAAUGUAUUUGAAAGUGAUGGAAAACUUCAGGUUCAUGUUGAAUUCGUUCACCUUUGGCACGCUUAAAUUACUCCUAGAUUCUGUGACUGAACAUGUCAUUCACACUGAAAGACUGGGAAAGUCGUUGGCAGAUGUCCAGCUUGUUAGAACAAAGUUGACCAAGAUCAGUUCUGUGAUCUAUGCGAUGGAGUCCGUGUCCUACUUUACUGCCGCGAUCUGCGAUUCCACGGAAAACCCGGACAUAGCCCUGGAAAUGGCGGCCAUGAAGGUGUUCAAUUCGGAAAAUACCCUGUACUGCCUGCGGGAGCUGAUGGAUGUCGUGGGUUCGUCUAGUUUCACCAAGCGACUGCAGUUGGAGAGGCUGUAUCGGGAUGCCCAGGGGCUGGCCAUGUUUGACGGCUCCAACGACAUCGCUCGCCUAUACAUCGGUCUGUCCGGCUGCAAAUUUGUCGGUUCCCAGAAAGCGCAAGAAGUGCUGAAAUUCCGCAAUCGUUUCUUCUUCCCCACGGAUCACUUCAAAGACAUUAUUCGAAGAAUGAGGAUCAAGAUGAACCGGGCUCGUUUCGAACACGACAUUGCUGGACAUGUGCAUCCAUCGCUGGUGAUCCCAGCCAAUAACUUAGAAAGCAGACUUCAGCGAUUUGAAUUGGCUGUUGAAGAAGUUUUAUCUGAUCAUGGAGCAAAAGUAGUGGAAACUCAGAUUGAACCAAAAAAACUAGCAAAUGCUGCAAUCGAGUUCUAUGUCCAAGCUGCGGUGCUGGCCAGGAUUUCUCGAUCCUACUGCAUCGGGCUCAAGAACACCACCCAUGAGAUGCUGUUGGCUAGCAUUUUCUGUCACGAUUCCGACUUACGGAUCGUUUUGGAAUUGAAUGAUAUACUAGUUGGAAUGGCGAAAAACAGCGAAGGCCCGGCUCUCCUGUUAUCGGAACAAGUGAUCGACACCAAGGGCUACUUCCCGGAACACCCUUUGAGACACAAUUAUUAGCGACACCUAUACCUCCCGCAAUGUAAAUUUUGUACAGUAAUUAUUUAAAUUUAAAUAAAUCAUUAGACAUUUA